GUUCGCCCAGAAGCUUCUAUAGUUGUGUUCGGGAGACCCGAGUUCUUUCUACCGCACUCGGGAACGCGGACACGGACACGGACACGGACACGGACACAGACAGCUGCUACUAGUAGUGUUUUCUGUGAUCAAAUCCUUAGAAUCCUUCUCACAGAAAACCUUUCAUUGUUUAGGUUUCCACUCACAUGCCUCCUGCUAUGGCCCCUGACGCUUCUACUGCCCUUGCAGUGCACUUGUGGAGUCGCGUGCAGUCUAUAGUCAUCUUUGAUUCACGGUUGCAGAGUGUGGAGGGAUAUAUCUUUUGCUUUUCUAACAUGAAGUGAAUGUCUUCAUCUUGAUGCAGUGAGGGAGAAAGUUCAGCAAUUUCUAAAUGCUGCUUGUACUGGGAAUCUUGAUCAUCUUAAGAAAGUAGCAAAGCAGCUUGAUGAUGGAAAAGAUAUGGCGAAAACAGUGGCGGAUAUUAAGGAUGCAAAUAAGCGAGGUGCGCUUCAUUUUGCAGCGAGAGAGGGCCAGAUCGACGUAUGCAAGUACUUGAUUGAGGAAUUGAAGCUUGAUGUUGACCCAAAAGAUGAAAGUGAUGAGACUCCUCUUCUUCAUGCUGCCCGGCAAGGUCAUACCGAGAUUGCCAAAUACCUUCUCGAGUGUGGUGCCAAUUUUUCUAUAGCUAGUGACAUAGGGGCCACUGCUUUGCAUCAGGCUGCAGGAAUAGGGAAUAUUGAAUUGCUGAGAUAUUUGCUCUCCAGAGGAGCUGAAGUUGAUUCCGAAAGUGAUGCUGGGACUCCUUUGAUUUGGGCUGCUGGUAACGACCAGGAAGAAGCAGUUAAAGUUUUGUUAGAGCACCAGGCAAAUCCUAAUGCUGCAACUGAAGAUGAUGUUACUCCAUUGCUAUCAGCAGUAGCGGCCGGGUCAUUAGCAUGCUCAAACUUGCUGGUUCAGGCAGGUGCCAACGUUAAUAUUAUUGCUGGUGGUGCCACCCCAUUGCAUAUUGCCACUGAUAAUGGGAAUCUUGAACUUAUAAACUGUUUACUUAAAGCUGGAGCUGAUCCUAAUGCCAUGGAUGAGGUCGGUGAGAAGGCAAUACAAGUUGCUGCUGCAAAAGGCAAUCGUGCAGCUGUUGAGAUCCUUUUUCUUUUGACGUCAAAAGUUGACAGUAUUCCAGAGUGGACAGUCGAUGGACUUCUCGAACAUAUGCAAUCUGAAACUAGCAAACAGGAAGAAACAACAAAAGAGAUUGAAGUUAAAGCCCCAGAAGAUAAGGAAGUCUUAAAGACGAAUCUUCCUGUGGUGUCACCUGAAGCAAAGAAGAAAGCUGCAGAAGCAAAAGCAAGAGGACAUGAGGCAUUCAAUAGACAGGAUUAUUAUAUGGCUAUAGAUGCUUAUACACAAGGAAGUGAUUUGGACCCCACAGAUGCCACCUUACUCUCUAAUAGAAGCCUUUGUUGGAUACGUUUAGGACAAGCUGAGCAUGCCUUGGUGGAUGCAAAGGCUUGCAGAGCAUUAAAACCUGAUUGGCCAAAAGCUUGCUACCGAGAAGGUGCAGCGUUGCGUUUAUUACAGAAGUUUGAUGAAGCUGCCAAUGCUUUCUAUGAAGGUGUAACGCUUGACCCAGAAAAUAAGGCGCUUGUGGAUGCUUUUAGCGAAGCUGUUGAAGCUGGGAGGAAGUUUCAUGGCACAGAUAAGGGAAAAUCAUAGUUUGUGUUUUGUCAACUCCGCAAAUCAGAUAUAAGCAUAGAACUGGAACCAGACUAGUUUGUCUUGCGAUAGCUGUAUUUUUUUUCUUGGGGGGGGUUUUGGGGUUGUACUUGAUAAGUAAUUUACUGGAAAACUUAAAUGAUGAUGACAUUCAGUUUGGUCAGUGAAUUUAAUUUGAUGUUUGUUGGGGUUUAAUGAAGAGAAAAGUUUCCUGCA